AUGCUCGUCGAGGAUGACUGCACGGUGGAUACAUCGGGCUCAUCGUGCAGCCUCGUUGCCAUGCAGCUUCGUGGAAAGAAGCUGAGUGCGGAGGCGGAGGACACGUUGGAACAGGAGGCGCACAUGCUCGCCGACUCAGAGUUGGCCGCUGACGAGGAGCGUCAGCCAUACCUUUGCAUGAUCUACCCCUGGCUGCCGCAGUGCGCGCAGCAGCAUCCCCAAACUAAUUACGCACCCCCUCCCAUGCCUCCCAUGUACAACCCCAUGUACAACCCCAUGUACCAGCCGCCGAGCCCGCCGCCUUACAAUCCAAUGUACCAGCCGCCUGUCAUGCCCAGUCCGCCACCUUACAAUCCGAUGUACCAGCCGCCUGUCAUGCCCAGCCCCCCAUCGUACCACGGUCCACCCGCAAGCACAGUGCUUUCACGCCGCGGUGGGCUUGACCCUCCUGCCAGCGUGAAGACCCACAAUGGGGCCGCUUGGGAGACGAUGAGAGUUGCUGGGACUGAUCUCAAGCAUAUCUUCGCCAUUGGCGACUGGGGAUCCCUGAUCGGUGUUGGCUCUGGGGCACCCAAAGCCAUCAUCCAGUACCGUGGUGGCCAUACGCCAGGCCCGCACACGAUGGCUAGACAUCGAGGUGCGGGCUGCACCACGAAAGACAUGACAGCUUGCAUGGGUGCCACGGGCGUCUGCCCAGCAAACUGCCAUUUCAAGGCCGAGAUUGAUCUGCAUGCGCAAUCGCUGGUUGCAACGCAGAUGAAGAAGCGAGCGCCCCAAAGCAAUCCCGACUUCGUGCUGAAUGUUGGAGACAACUUUUACUGGGGAGGCAUCGAGACAGAAUGUGGGCACCCGAUGGGCCAAAUCCAUCCACAGACCCGCGCACAGUUCAAUGUUAUCUUUGAGCAGGUCUACAAUGGACCCGGCCUUGACGGGAAGCCCUGGCUCAGUGUCUUCGGAAACCACGACCUGGGUGGCUUCCAGUUCAACAAGGCCUGGGAUCAGCAGAUUGCCUACACUUUUGCCAGUGAUCGCUGGAGGCUACCGGCGAUGUACUGGAUGCAACGCGUGGAGUACACAGAUCAGGGCUUUGCUGCCGAGUUUUUGAUGAUCGACAGCAACGCUAUGGACGUGAAGCCCUACGACGCGGAUCCAGAGCACAACCUCUGUGGACGCCUGCACAAUCCGGCAGGAGCCACUUGCGCCGCGACGGGCGGACCGAAAGACCUCUCGGAGUGCUUUCGAUGGUUUUGGGAUCUAUGGAACAAGGAGCAGAAACCUUGGGUCGAGCAGAAGCUGCAGGCAUCAACUGCUGACUGGCAGGUUAUCGUGACUCACUUCACCUGUGGCACUCAGGCCGAGUGGUACAAAAGGCUACGGCAGCAGUUUGGGCUUGAUCUGCUGGUCACCGGACAUACGCACACCCAGCAAGUCUUCCACAACUCGAAGAUGCUGGGCGGCAUGACCUGCUUCAUCACUGGUGGUGGUGGAGGUAUUGUCUCGGAAGGCGAUGCGACUCCGCAAAGGAGUAGCCAGUAUGGGUUCUUUGACUUGACCAUCAGCAAAGAGAAGAUUGUCUUGGAGUCUAUCAAUCACAACGGUGUCACGUUGGGGACUUAUGACGUCUUCCCCGUGUGA